AUGAUCAUUCCUUCACUAAACGGAUCACCCAAGAAAGUUGCAAAAAAGAUCAAGCGGAAAUAUAGUGUUGCUUCAUAUCAGACACAGUAUGAUAAUGCAGAUAGCACGCAAUUGUUUACGCCGAAAUCUGAAGAAGAUGUUGGUGAUGAGUUGGCAAGUAGCACAGAUGAUAGGCAAAUAUCCGAUGAAGAGUGCAAAGAUACUGGUUUGAUUGAUAAUAGGAAGCAAGAUGAGGGCCCCAGUGUGGAUAAGGAUGGCAAUUGUGCGGAAAGUGCUGAAACUGAGGAAAUUCAGCCGCCUAAAUUAGAAAGAACUGUUACGUUAAAGGAAUAUCGACAAGAAAUGAUGAUGGAACAUGGUAUACAGCCUCAAAAAGAAAGCUCACAUCAAGAUAGCACAGGCAAUUCUGAUGAGAAGCCAGAUUCUGGGCGGAAAUGGUCCCUGUGGUCACUUUUUUCUGGACAAAAUGGACAAAAGGAUGGCGAAAAUGUUGAGAGCAUGGCCAGCAUGAAGACAGGAGGAAUAUCCAGUGUGAAAAGUCAUGAAAUUGCCUCAAUUAAUACAAAUCGUACAGGGGGUGAGGUCUCGGGAGGUACGGAAAGCUCAAUUCUGACCUACCAUGGAAACACGCUAUCGCAAAUAGACAACGAAGAUAAUCUUGAGCCAAAUACACUUUCAAGAGUUGUAACUUCGACAGGAGAAGGUGUUGAAGAGGACUUAGAAAACGAAGGUGAAGGUGAAGAAGAGCAGUCAGGAUUUGAAGAUGAAGAAAGUAAGCCUGACAUGCAGAAGCACUGGUGGAAACCUUGGUCGUGGUAUAAUUCGAACGAGCUAAAUACAUGUGACACAACUAUGAACGGUGAGCAAACUUUACAGGAAGAAAAUGAAGAGGAAAAGAAUCUUCGAGAGUCUGAGAAAGAAGCACAACGUGUUAUGGAUGCUCGCACUUUAACGUAUGAAGUUUCAAGCUCUUGGGCCUAUUUUCGGGAUGAAAGUGAGGAUACGGGUCAGAUAUCGAUAUUUGGCACUAGAUCAAUGCGUGCACCACUUACGGUUCGUCAUAACGUCAAAUGUGGAUUUGACAAGCAAGAAAAGCACGGACCCAUUUUGGAUAGUGAUGAUUUAUGCACGGUAAUCCCGGACUUUGACCGUAACUAUCGUGAUAUUACCACUCAAACGAAGAUCCGCAUUCUUAUAUCAUCCCUAGGGGGGAGCCUCAUAAAGAUGCUGGUUCCUGGGGAGACGCAUUUAUACCAUAGGCCAGUAUAUGACACCCCGAAGUCGAGAAAGAAAGCAAAAAGCAGCCAAAAGAAAGGAAAAGAGAGCAUCAAAAAAGCUCUCAUUAUUGGAAUUCAUAGCUAUCUUCCACCUCAAAUUAUGGAAAAUUUGCAAGAGGGUGAAACCACAAAUGCAGAAAAAAUGGUUCGGGUUGCUUCAAGUGAGCUCGGAAAGUGGGCCAAUGACAAUGAUGUAAUCAUAAAGAAGCAGACGAUUGCAAUGGAUGGAUAUGGACAGUUAUUUGACAGAGUGAGCAACUGCUUGUCCUUGCUUGACAACUGGAUGAAUUCCAUUUGCUCAGCAGACAUCAUUCUUGUUGUUUCUGAUGUACAAUCGACUGCAAUUGCGAUUCACGUGCUUUCCAGAUUGAUAACGGCCGGAUAUCUCGACAACACCGCAUUUGUGGGAUUUAUUGGGCUGGCUGGAACAUUCUUGGGCCCUUCUCUAGAUGCAGAUACAAAGAUUACCGUAAAAGGAAGCGGAGAUUUGCUUGAAAAUAAGGUAAUGCUUCAGUUGUUUGACUUCCAGGAUUGCAGCUCACUUCAAAGCAAGGAGUUGCUUCGUCACAUUAAGAUUCUUGUUGGUCGAAACGUGAAGAUUACAUUGGUAGCCUCUUUGACAGACACUUUGGCGCCAAUCUACUCCUCGCUAUGCCUUCAUAUUUCGCACCCAAACAUUUUCAGAGCUGUUUACAUCGAUGGAAGAAGCGGUCAGCCUGAUUUCAUAAUUACCUUGAUUAGCCUAGCGUUGACAAUUAGGAAUUUAAACAUGAAUGACCACCGGCUUCUUGUUGAGCUAAGCAGCAUAUUUCAAGCCAGUUCCUGGGAAUACAGAAAACGAAGGAAGAGCAUCACCAACAAGAGCGGAAAUUAUACAAACACCAUCUUUACGAACAGACAUGUGUACAAGACAGGGAUCCAGAACAUGCUUGAGACUAGCGACCUCAUGUUCAAGCAGGCUGUGCAAGAGCAGGAAGACUUUGAUGUUAAGGAGAUGAGCACAAACGUUUAUCACAUACCCUGGUGUAUGCGUGGUUUUAUAGAGGAACUUGCGAAGUUGAAAAAGAAAGAAGACCGGAGAACAGAUCGUCAUUUUGAUGUUGAUACCGGGCAGUUGAUAAAUCAGCUUUUAGAAGAAUUUCGGGCUUGGCGGCCGACAGACAAGGUUUACAAAGAUUUCCGAUAUUGCAUUGAGGAACUUUCUGAGAUGUCUGGAAAUGAUCUGUUUGGGGAUUAG